AUGCCUCCGCGGCGCCUGUGGGUCGCCAACCUCCCGAGCGACAUCCGCGAGAGCGAGGUGGACGACCUCUUCCACAAGUACGGCAAGAUCCGCUCGAUUGACUGCAAGCCCGAGAAGAAGUUCGCCUUCGUGGAGUUCGUCGACGACCGCGACGCCGAGGACGCGAUCCGCGGCCGGGACAACUACGAGUUCGACGGGUCGCGCCUCCGCGUGGAGUUCGCCCGCGAGCGCGGGCCGCGGGGCGGCUACGACGACCGCCGCGGCGGGUACGGUGGUGGGGGGUACGGCGGGCGGUACGACGACCGCGGCGGGCGCGGCGGGCGCGGCGGGCGCGGGAACUUCGGGCCGUCGCGCAAGACGGGGUACCGCGUCAUCGUGGAGGGCCUGCCCAUGUCGGCCUCGUGGCAGGACUUGAAGGAUCACAUGCGGUCCGCGGGCGACGUGUGCUUCGCCGACGUGUUCCGCGACUCCCGCGGCGUGUACGGCCUGUGCGACUUCACGUCCCCGGAGGACCUGGACCGCGCGCUGCGCAAGCUCGACGACACGGAGUUCCGCAACCCGUACGACUCGGCGCGCAUCACCGUGCGCGAGUACAAGGAGCCGGGCGGCUCGCCAGGGCGGUCGCGGUCGCGGUCGCGGUCGCCCCGGCGCUCGCGCUCGCCCGGCACGCCGCGCCGCGACCGCUCGCUGUCCCCGCGCGACGGCGGGCGGUCGCGGUCCCGCUCGCGCACCCGGCGUCGCGGUCGCGGUCGCGGACGCCGCCGCGCAGGGACAGCCGCUCGCCGCCCCCGCGCAGCGCAUCGCGGUCGCCCAGCCGCUCGCGGUCGCCGCGUGACUGAGGACGGAUCAAGCAGGCCGGCCGACUCGCCGAGGAGCUGGAGCUCUUUCGACCCCCCGUGGCUCCCUCACUGCAGACUUCUCUCACCUCAAACGCCCGUGUGUGCUUGCGAGGGGGCGCGGCGACUGCGGCGUCGUUGUAAGCGCGAGUGA